UACCCCAGCAGUUAAAACAAAAGUGAAAGCGUACAGUCGGGGUGGAAACAAGUGACCACCUUUUACCAGCACAACGGAAAAGAAUUAUUCUUCAUAAGACGAGUCUUUAAACGACAGACAUGGAAGUGUUUACUGUCCGAGCAUCUCUGUUAACUCUUCUGCUGUAUCCACACAUAAUCAUAACAUGGACAGAUUACCAUACAGUAAAUAUUCUGGCCUACACAAGGGUGAUGAGAAACGGGUCCAUAGAUCAGACAGUGGUUGUUUUGGUGAACGACGCCGCAUUUGCACACUUUGACAAAGCGAACAACACAUUUGCCUUAAAUCCCACUGCAAGUGCUGGGUUUUCAGUUCUGGAGAAGCGAGAGAGCAUUUUCUGCCUUGGAGAGGUGAAUAAGGGAUUUUAUCGACAAACCGAAUACCUGGAGAAACUUCGAAAAGAAACAAAAUCCUCAAAGACACUUUUUGUCCGCCCUUCAGUCAAUAUGUAUGCUGAGUUUCCUGAAGAAGAAGGAAAAGCAAAUGUCCUUUACUGCUAUGCUACCGGGUUUUACCCUGGUGACAUUGAUAUAAGAUUUUUCCUAAAUGGCCAAAAAUCCACUGCAAGACUAGAGACAUCUGACCUUAUGUAUGGGGAAGACUGGACCUUCAGAGUCUUCAAGUAUAUGAAGAUCACCCCACAGACUGGACACGAGUACACAUGUGAAGUCAGACACAGCAGCAUGUCUGAUCCCAAAAUCACAGCGUGGAGACCAGAGUUUACAUCAUCGACGUCACAUCCAUACUGGGCUUAUACAACGGCUUUCGGGGUCAUGUUGGGCGUCGGAACAUCUAUCCUGAUUUUGAGAAGAAAACAUCACUCUCAACUGUAA